AUGAGCUGUAAUUUGGAGGCUACGCGUAUCAUGCAUACUACCAUUGGAAUAGGAAGCUAUUAUUUUAUUCGAUGGGUGGGAUUAUUGUGGAAAACAAAACUUAUCCCUUAUUCACUUAUUGAUGAGUAUGGGCUUAUCGUUUUAUAUGUUCUCUUCAGCGCUCGGAAUCAAGAAAGGAAGAGGAAACUCAAAGCUCAUGAGAAAAUAAUACGUUUUUUGACAUUCACCGAUGAUCUUCUACUGGCAGCUAGUAUGGCAGCAACUGUUUUCAAUGUUAUGGUUAUAUUUUGUGCUGUCAAACUUUUCAAGAGAAGUGGAGAUACAAUGCACCUUUUUAUUCUAAAUAUGACCGUAGGAGACUUGAUUUUGACUGUAUUUUGCCAUCCAAAUGAGCUGCUUAUUCGAAAACACGAUUUCUUGCAACAGAUUCAUCUUUGUGCUGUAGUCCAUUAUUUCAACUGGACAGGAUUGGCUGUUUCUGGAUUUAUGAUCGUUCAAUGUCGAAGCGAAGAGCCGCUUUAUUUUGUCUUCUUAUUUGGUUGCUCUCUAUCGGGUGAGCAUCCGUUUUUGCUUGUGAUCGAAGCUGUGAUGACCCAGAACAAGAAAUUCUACUAUGAAAUAUUUCUAAUUCUUUUCUGCGUCCUGCCUGUAACGUCUUCUUUGAUUGUCUCUAUUUACCUAUUUAACCUGACGCGGCAGAAGAGGAAUGCUAGAAGUGGAGGGGACUCGUCGGCCUUCAAAAAUAAGGUUUUAAUCUGUUUCAUCUACAUAUGUGUCCUAAAGUACCCAUUCCAGGUAAAGUCACUUGUGUUCAUAUUCGCUACUACUGCGUGGACGUCAUGCAGCUUAUUACCGUACCGAAUCAUGAAUCUAGCUAGGAUUCAUUUUUUCACGUACAUUAUCAACCCAUUAAUUACGUCGCUUAUAUAUGCACCUUAUCGUAUGACCAUAAAGAAAUUUCUCGUGAACAUCCCUGUUGGUAACCGACCAUUCUACAACUAUCAAGGAGAGCACUUGCAUCUGGAUAGCAGUUUCGCCUCUCUUCGUCGAAGUCGAAACCGACGCUCUUCGUCAACAGAAUCAGCAAGUCUUCGACAGUCAACAGAGGUACGAAUUUCAAUGGGGGAGCCAUGUACGCCAUCGAAAAGUCCUUCAAAAGAGCACACAGAGCAGGAAUUCUCUUUUGAGAAGAAAAUUGGAGCUAUUCAUGCGGAUCCACAUUCACAUUAA